AUGGAGGAGAAAUCAAUCGACGAAACACAUCACAUCGACCAUGUAUCCCAGGGGGCUCCCGAUGCAGAAGCCAUCACAAUCCGCCAUCAACAACUCCUUCGCAAAAUUGACUGGCGUCUGCUUCCCUUGUGCGCAUUUAUCUACCUGUUGAACUACCUGGAUCGCUCGAACAUCGGAAAUGCUAAGGUCCUGAACGCUGAAACCGGUGAUUCGCUCGAGCAACAAACCGGAAUGACCGACACAGGCUAUUCAAUCACCCUUACACUGUUUGCUGUGGCAUAUGCGCUGUUCGACGUGCCCUCCAACUGGAUCCUAAAACGCUAUGCUCGCCCGUCAUACUGGCUGGGGACGCUAAUGCUUUGUUGGGGUGCAGUGACCCUCGGCUUUGCGAGGGUGGAUAACAUGCCCACGGUCAUGGUGCUACGUGUGUUGAUCGGAGUACUCGAGGCUGGAUUCUUCCCUGGAAUGGUCUACCUCAUCACCUUCUGGUACCGACAGGAAGAGCGCUCCAUCCGCAUUGCCUUCAUUCUCGCAACCGCGACGCUUGCAGGGGCCUUUGGAGGCUGCAUCGCCUACGGUGUGGCGUUCUUAAACGGAAAAGGCGGGCUCGAGGGGUUUCGCUGGCUGUUCAUCAUUGAAGGAGGAGCAACAGUCCUCGUCGCUCCUUCGGUGUUUUUGGGGUUGCCUAACUACCCAUCCACGGCGAAGUGGCUGACGCUUUCGGAACACCGCUUUGCGAUUGAGAGACUGGAGCAGGAUGGAGGCGUACCCACCCGGGAUCGGGCGUCUAGGGGAGAAGUCUGCGAGACUUUGUGCAGCCUGCGGAUGCUCCUUCAUUACCUAGCUUAUUUUACGAACAAUAUCGUGACGAGCUCUUUGGCCUACUUCAGUCCUACUAUAGUUAAGGGCCUGGGGUAUACGUCCAUCGAGGCCCAGCUGAUGACUGUUCCCCCGUGGGCGGUUGGAUAUGUAAUCUCGAUACUCUUAGCCUGGUCUGCGGACCGAUUCAACGCUCGUGGGCUCCAUGUCUGUCUCGCAGGGGUGCUUACAGGUACCGGAUUUCUUGCUAGCCGCCUGUUUCCAGCGGAGGCUUACUUGCCCCGAUAUGGAUGUCUCAUCGUCGCCUCAUGCGGUGCCUUCCCCAGUCUUGCACCCUUGACGGCGUGGGUGACAUGUAACGCCCCUUCUGCGAGGACACUGGGACUUGCCGCCGCAAUGAACAACUCCAUGGUUGGGCUGGCUUCCAUCUUAGCAUUGUGGAUUUGGAGAUCGGUAGAGGAAGACCGUGGGUUUCCUACUGGGAACACAGUCUGCGCGGUAGCUGGGUAUGCUACUGCAGGGCUGGCAUUAAUAUUACAUUUCUUCUAUACAAGGGAGAACAACAGGACGACUGGGCAGCUGCAGAGGCUCUGGGCGCUUUGA